AAUGACGACGCGGCGAGCUGCAGCUGAUGCAGAUGCGCUGCGCCAGGCGGCGGAAUGGGAGCGAGUUUGGGGAUGAUGCCAGAGCCACCUGCCCGGGUGGCGAAACAAGAACAGCUAGCACAACCGCGACAAUAACUGGCGGGGGAGCUGUGGGAAGUGGGAAGGAUACAACGACAGCGACAACAACGACGACCAACAAAUUACGCCAACUGCUUUUGUUGGUCCAGCAGCAGAUGCCUUUUGCUCUGUGGAGUUUUCCGGUCCAUCACAUUUCCCAGUCCCAUCACCAGUCCCAGUCCCAACAUAAGCCCAGCCGGCAGCAGCAGCAGCAUCAGCAUCAUUCUCAGGUUGCCCCCACUCCGCAUCACCAGUCAUCACCAUCAACACCAUCAUCAGUAAAACCACCAUUAUCAUCAUCAGCAUCAUCGUCGUCGUCGUCGUCCGCAAUGGCCGCCAUCGUUGCGUGAUAAUGAACGCUUGAAAAACCCAACUUACACAAUCCACUACACUACACGUCCAGGAAAAAAACGAAUGCUGACACUUUUUCCGCUCACGAUUCAAGGCGAUUCUGGACGCGGACAUUCGAAUGCAAGCCACUGGGUGGAGGGUUUACUACAGCAAAAAAGGAGUAAAACGAAAUAAAUGUAAAAAUGUGCUUCUGUAUACUAUGUAUAUAUAUGUAUAUUUAACGAUGAUUAGCUUUUAGCCAGCUUACGUUUUACGCUUAUGCCGGAUUUCGUUUUAGACCUAGAUUAGGUGUCCUUAUUCAAUUUAAUCCUAAGAGAGCUCGCUGAAUUAAAGGUUAAGCACUUCUGAGACGUAGUCCUUUGCCAUUUAAUCCUUUCCUACAAUUUGAUCCUUUAUCAAAUGAUUUACAUUUUCUAUGACAGCUUUACAACCUAAAACUUAUUGAUUUACUUAUAGUGCAGCACCUUUCUUGUAAUUAUCUAUCACUCUUUAGAUCUUUCUUAACUUUUUCCAAGGUAUUUGAGAAUUUAUAGCAAUUUUUCCUCCCUGCUCUCUUUGCCUGCUCACCUUUCAAGUCCACUUUCAAUUUGUUUACUUUGCCCGUUCACUCCAUACUUUUCCAUGCACAUUGUGCGCAGCAAUUUCGUUUCAAUUACCCUUUUAGAGCGCUUUAUGUUUCCUUUGUUUGCCUUUAUCUCCACUUCACUUACCUUAACUGAAGCCUGAUUAGAUGUAUUAAGAUUGUUGGACACAAUAUCGCGUUGCACGCCCUCUCCACCCGUGUUGCGUUGAGCUCAAGAGUAUUAAAUAGGAAUAGAAGUAUAAAUAAAUUAAAUGUGGCCUUAGCAUAUUUUACGAGCGGUAGAAAAAGGACAUUAAUUGAACUAAGGAAUACGUAUGUCAGGCGUUGGCAGAACUCGGAAUUAAUUGUGCUCAUAAUAGUUGUAAUAGAAAAACCACAAGAAUAAGAUUUAUGGCCAUUUGGGGGAUGGUGAAUGUAGACGGAGAAUUCUACUAACCAAAACGACUGCCGCAUAAAAAAAAAAAAGCUUUUGCAUCUUACCACUCGAAAAAG